UACUGUUGGCACUUGGAUGUGCCAAUGGACUUCUCUUUUCCAGUUGCUUUUCUUUUCUUAGUGUGAAACUCUAGCCAUUGCCCUUUGCUCCUGGUUUUGGGUGUGGAGUUUGAAUUGUGGGUAUUGUAGUUCUCUGGCCUCCCAGCAUUUCUUGUUGAGCGACAUUGGUAUCGCUUUGAUAGGAAUUUUAGUCCCAGGUGGUUCCGUCAGCAGGAGUGAAGUUGCCCGCACAUCAUGGAGCCAGGCACUUUUGGAGUGGGUCCCUCCAAACAACGUGCCUGAACUGAAGAGGCCAAGACUCACCCCUCAGAUGUGGCAAAAUGCUAAUCCGUGAAAGAGCCCAUCUUUUGCCAAAAGGUACAGCACGGAGCAGAUCUGAAGGAAAUUUGGUUGACAUGGAAGAACUAAAACUUUCAAAAAACUGCAUCCUUAAAGAUUGCCAAAGCCCAGGUUCACCUCACAUUUGGCCAGACCCAUCCACUCUUUGUGGUGAUGGUGCUACCACAGCUAAAAAUCCAUUCUGGAAUGGACUCUCUGCUUCGAACCCAUUUUUGGAUGACAUAACUCAGCUAAAAAAUAACCACAAGAGAAACAACAUUUCCAUUCUAAAGGAAGACCCUUUGCUUUUUUUAAGAGAAAUAGAUACAGGAAGUUCAUUCGAUUCCUCUGGUGACGAACUUGACGUGCAUCAGCUGCUGAAGCAAACUUCCCCCAGGAAAUCAGGACGUUCUAAAAGUGUCUCAGAACUUCUGGACAUCUUAGAUGAUGCCACACACACUCGUCAGAGCAGACAUGACUCAGGUCAGAUCCUCAUUCAAGACUUGGAGUGGCUUCAGAAUGAUCGAGAAGCCUAUAAAAUGGCUUGGUUAAGUCAACGUCAGCUGGCCCGUUCUUGCCUGGACUUGCAUACCAUUAAUCAGAGUCCAGGAUGGGCUCAAACACAAGUGGCAGAGACCAUCACAGUUUGUAAAUUAAAUCACCAAGGAGGGUCUGUACAGUUACCUCAAUCAGAUAUCACCGUUCAUGUGCCCCAGGGUCAUGUAGCUGUGGGAGAAUUUCAAGAGGUAUCCCUCAGAGCUUUUCUGGAUCCUCCCCCAAUGCUCAACCAUGAUCUUUGUUGCACUGUUAGCCCUCUGUUGGAAAUCAUGUUAAGCAACCUUAACACAACAGAAGCUAUUCUGCUGGAGAUGAAAAUUGGGGCUGAAGUGAGAAAAGAUCCUUUCAGCCAAGUCAUGACAGAAAUAGUGUGUUUGUACAGCCUGGAGAGAGAAGGAGCCUUUCAUGUGUUAGACAACUGCUAUAUUUACAAAGAUACCAUCCAAGUGAAGCUCACAGAUCUGAGCCAGGUGAUGUAUAUAGUGAUCGCUGCACAGGUGAAAGCCAUUCAGCCACCAGCUGCCACCAUUUGGGAUCAUAUCCACAAAACCACUUCAAUUGGGAUUUAUGGCCCCAAAUACAUCCAUCCAAGUUUUACUGCUGUUUUCACAGUCUGUGGACACAGCUAUUUGCCAGGAAAGCUUACAGUCUCAGAGAUUAGAAAGGGUGGAAAAAACAUAUCUCCAGUUGUAUUUCAGCUCUGGGGGAGACACUCGUUUUUACUUGACAAGCCACAAGAUUUAAAUAUUUCUACUUUUUCAUGUGAUCCUGAUUUUGAAGUAAAGGGGGAAGGAGAAAGGAAAGAAAUUGAAGAAAAGCAGCUGAAAGCAGGUGCAGUCGUUCACCAACAAGUUUUAUUUUCUUUAGUUGAGCAUGGAGAGAUGCACUUGUUCGUUUUCCGGAUUCAGGUGGGGCCUCCUGGUGGUAAACCAGUUGCACAGUUCUUCAUCACGUCGCCUGACCCAGCUCCAAACCUAAGAAGACUCUCAAACCGCCCAGGGCAUUUACAGGAGAAAGAAGAGAAGGAGUCUCGUUCAUUGCCAGCACAGCUUGUUAAGUACCCCACUUUCCAAGAUAAAAAAUUCAACUUCACCCACUAUGGGGUCACCCUGAAGACAGUAUUAAGACAAAGCAAAAUUGACUACUUACUUGAAUAUUUCAAGGGAGAAACAAUAGCCCUUCUUGGAGAAGGGAAGGUCAGAGCCAUUGGCCAAUCCAAAGUGAAAGACUGGCACGUGGGAGUCCUCCGUGGGAAGGUUGGACUGGUGCACUGCAGAAAUGUCAAGGUAAUUUCAAAAGAACAAGUGAUUUCCCUGUCUGAUAGUACUUUGUCAACAAGGAAUCUUCUCGAACAAAUUGCCUUGCCCUUUAAAAAACUGACUUAUAUAUACUCAGUUGUGUUGACCUUGGUAUCAGAAAAAGUGCAUGACUGGAAAGUUUUGGCUUCUGUCCUGGGCUACACCCAGCUAGCACAGGAAGACUUUGCUCAGGCACAAGCAGACAAAGAAUCAGAAAAGGUUUCCUAUGUCGUAAAGAAGUUAAAGGAAGACUGCCACGCAGAGAGAAACACGAGGAAAUUCCUUUAUGAACUGAUUGUGGCUCUGCUGAAGAUGGAUUGCCAAGGGUUGGUAGCACGUCUCAUCCAAGAGGCUGUUAUUCUCACUUCAGCUGUCAAGCUUGGCAAAGGCUGGAGGGAACUUGCUGAAAAGGCAGCCCGACUCACAAAGCAGCAAAUGGACGUGUAUGAAGUUCCUCAUCGUGGGAAGUCCGGAGAUGUUGCUGUUGAGAUGAUGUGGAAACCUGCCUAUGACUUUCUCUACACAUGGAGUGCUCAGUAUGGAGAUAAUUAUAGAGAUGUUUUACAAGACCUUCAGUCAGCUCUGGACAAAAUGAGAAACCCUGUGACCAAACAGUGGAGAGAUUUAACUGGAACUUUAAUCCUAGUAAAUUCUUUAGAGGCUUUGAGAUUAACUGCAUUCUCUACUUUUGAGGAAGUAGAGAAAUGAAGUAUGUUUUGGAGGCAGAGAAAAUGGUAGAAAAGAAAGUGUGUGUGUGUGUGUGUGUGUGUGUGUGUGUGUGUGUGUGUUGCAUCAUUGCAUGGAGAAGGCAAAAGGGAGGAAAGGAUAAAGAGAGAGACAGAGGUGAAAAUCUCCAAAUGUGCUACACUUUCUUCGAAACUUUUUCUUUAAAAACCUACUUAAAAAAAAAAAAAUUACCCAGCAAAAGCAAAGCCUGACACAGCAUUGGAUUUUGUAACAAAACUUCUUAAAUGUGUUUUCCAAAUGCAACAUUAGGUUAUGAAAUGAAAGAAAAGCCCCCCUCUCUGUCACAGUUACUUUCAAUUUUCUUCAGUUAAAACAGACACCUGUUAGAAUAAUCACACUGUACAGAUACCUGAACUGACUGGAGGAUUCCCCGUAGGCAGCAGGAGUGUGCCAGGAGGUACAGGCUGCAGUCGGAUUCGAGACACUUUGACCCUGGCGGAGCUUCCCCUUCUGAACAGUCCUCCAACAUUCUCACUGGAGUUUGCCUGCUCAUCUCAUGUUUUUCAUGUUCAGAAACCAAGGAUGGAAGAGAAUAGAUAAUACUCGGCUAUAGUGUCAAAUAGGUUUUCUACCUGAAAAGGCUGAUUCUACUUUUUUUUUUUUUUUAACAUUCAUGCAACCU